UCGGUUUCUGGUCUACAAAACAGAGUGAAUACUCGUAUUUAGCUUAAUAAAAAACACUCAUUAAAGCUCUGCCCCUGUUAAGUUGAAUGUAGUAAGUUAUGAGUCCUUUAAAUAACCGUCAAUAGAUAAAUAAGAGAACUAACAAAGUCAAAAGUGAUAUCACCUAUUAUUUGUAACAAUCAUAUCCAUGUAUAAUGAUUGUGUUACACGCUAAAUGGCGUGGGCUGCUGCCAGACGUACGAAACCGUCACGUGACUUAGCGUGGUGGUUUUGAAUGUUCUAAGCUAACACGAGGAACAAUCCUGCACACACAUGUGCUCUUGCCGACUGCAAGUCUUCUUCGUGGAAGAAACUAGACAGAUGCCGAUAUAUAAAUAGGCUGAAGGGCCGGGCAACACUUCCUUCCCAGAAAAAACAGCCACGGACACGAAAAACAUGGGGAUAGAAUGUAAAGAGGUGCGAGAUUUUUUUUGUGUGUGUGUUAAUUGUUUACGCUUUUGCUUAUGGCUUUCGUGGUGGGGCCUGGUAGUCUGCUCCAGCCAGUUGUGGCGCAGGCAAGUGUUUGUAGUAGCGUCAUCUUGCUUGGCUCAUGCUGCAAACCUGGGUCUUGGACGCCGUGCCCGCCUGCUGACCACUCAGCCAGCGCCUUCCCACAGCAGAAGAUGGAGAGGAACAACACUUUCUGCUCCAAAAAUUUCAAUAACGACCAUUCCCAAGCACAGCCAGACCCAUAAUACUUUGCCUCAGUGACUGGGGAGGAGCAUCCACACCCAGAUUGAAAAAUGUCAGAUAAAUCAGGUCUUAAGCCAUUGGUGUUAGUACACAUGGGGUGUUGCUUUGGUGCCGGCUUCCGGCGCCUGGCCGCAGUUGUCGUAAAACGUAUGAGCUUACUUUCACGGUCUGAUUCUGUUGUUUAUUAAGUGUUUUGCAGAAGAAAAGGAACACCAAGUAUAUUAAUUACUUUUUGGAAUGAAGUAUCCUUCACGAACCAAAAGUCACACUGCCCCCCUACUGGCUGAGAAACGAGCUGAAUCCACGUCUUGUGUGGGGAUGUUGGGCGCGCAUAAUGUCAAGGUUGACCGGCAUGAGCCACAUCCGUCGUCUGAACACACACACGAAAACUCACUACAUAGUAAACAGUCACGAUGAGCAUAUUACUCCUGCUGCCUUCGUUACUUCUGCUUUUUCUUACGUCACUAUUGCCUGCGCCUGGGGCUUCCCUCAGCCCCGCCCUGGACAAGCGCUGCCCCGCCAAUACUCUCAUCUUGGGGGCUGAGGAAUGGGUGAACAUUACCACCGUGCAAGUUGUGGGGGACUACCAACAAGCAUACUUGUAUGUGCACGCUUAUCCCGGCUUCAAGGGCGUCAGGGUCGUGGCGGCGGGCGAUGGCUGGCGGCACGACGCCUGGUUCACACUGGACAACACUUGCUUCUCUCAUGACGCAGAGUGGUGGGGGUUGUGGGCGUUGGUAACUGCUCGGAAAAACGGCAACAACAGUGAUGUUAAUGAACUUAAAUUUCAGUUAUUUACUGGUAAGUGUGCUCUUGAGUGCAUCAGAUCAGUCCACUUCCCUGCCGUCCAGACUCUUCAGGUUGUGGCUCAUGGGCCCUCAGCUUGGAGAUGGAACGAAACAUUGCCACACUGCAGAGCUGGACGUAAACCUUCCGGGAAGGUGCGGGAUUACAACUGUACAGAGCCUCCCGCCCCGACGACGAUGACGACGACGCCCACCACGACAACCACCUCCACUGUGGUCAUAGGUGGAAACGUUGGCGUGGUGGUGGUGAUGCUGGUGAUGGUGGUGGUGGUGAUCGUGAAGCGUGCUCGACAGCAAAACGAAACUACGACAGAAGAUGUAAGAAGGCGAUUCGAAGGCGCCCCGCCCCCCAGCGAGAGCUUGGCGGUCGAGAACAGCCAGUACGAGUCCUUCGAGAACACCGGCGGGAGGGCGGUCUUCGAGAACAGUCUGUACGGGUCCUUCGAGAACACCGGCGGGAGGGCGGUGGUCGAGAAUAGCCAGUACGAAUCCUUCGAGAACACCGGCAGGAGGGCGGUCUGCGAGAACAGCCUGUACGAGUCCUUCGAGAACACCGGAGGGAGGACGGUGGUCGAGAACAGCCUGUAUGAGUCCUUCGAGAACACCGGCGGGAGGGCGGUGGUCGAAAACAGCCUGUACGAGUCCUUCGAGAACACCGGCGGGAGGGCGGUGGUCGAGAACAGCCUGUAUGAGUCCUUCGAGAACACCGGCGGGAGGGCGGUGGUCGAGAACAGCCUGUAUGAGUCCUUCGAGAACACCGGCGGGAGGGCGGUGGUCGAGAACAGCCUGUAUGAGUCCUUCGAGAACACCGGCGGGAGGGCGGUGGUCGAGAACAGCCUGUAUGAGUCCUUCGAGAGCACCAGCGACAGGGUUGUACUCGUAAACAGCCCGUACUAGAGCGUAAACUUACUCAGACUGAUAUUGAUGUUGUAAUGUAUCCGUAUAUGUCUCAUUCUUCAUCUUGUCAAAAUUAUCGAUAGGGAACUUAACUAAUAUGGGGGAAGACGUAUAUAACCUAACCAGCUUCAUGAACCACAACUGGACUGGAGUAUCAGGACACUUCUCCACCCGAAAUUGACCUCUCUUCCGGCCUCUCAUUCUGUCGUCUUUUGUUGGAGCGGCGUCUGGAUGGCUUUCUUGUUCCUGUUUUUGUUUCUUGCCCUUGAGCUGCCUCCCUUGCUGUAGAAAAAAAAUACUAGAGACACGAAUAAACACCAGAGGAAUGAU